AAGUUUCUAGUCGAGCAGUAGUAGCGGUGACGCAGAUCCGAAGCAACGCUCCUCCCUUUCGUUAUUAGUUGCUAUGGUAACCGUUGCUUCCAAGGCGUUUCCAAGCUCUUUUAAAAACUUAAAAACAGAAGAUCACAAAGCAGUGCUUUCUCAUUUUUCUUUAUCAUCCAUGACGACACUCACAGAUAUAUCACAAGAAAGUAAUUCUGAAGACACUUUCAAUGAGAAUACCAUGGACCCAACUUAUAAAUGUAUUUUGAGUGAUUUGCCAAGGGGACUUAGGCCAUCCCAAACAAAAGCCAUUAUUAAAACGAGUGAAGAUGAUUUGCUGCCUCAGUUUGGUCCCAACAGACUUUUGUAUUCAGCAUCAGUAACAGAAGGGUCAGGACAUGAAGAUUGCUCCACACAUCAAACAGCAUCAGAUCAUAGCCAGGAUGAAAUACCAGACCUAUAUAGCUAUAAAUCAAACAAUAACAACAAUUCUUGUUUUACAUCAGUAUCCAAGAGAAACAGACCUGCUACUGUUCCAUCGGGUCAACUGAGAGUUGCAAAGUUCUCAUCUUUAAAAUUUCAGUCCACCCAGAAUUGUGUUCAAAGACAUAAACUUCAACCAAGAGUGAUCAGAAUAACAGCUUUCAAAAAUGGAUCUAGAACAGUCUUUUGCAAAGUUACUGUAUCAACCAUCAUCUUGUUGCUAGAGGAAUGCACGGAAAAGCUGAAUCUGAACAUGGCGGCACGGCGAAUAUUCUUGGCAGAUGGCACUGAAGUCCUUGAACCUGAAGAUAUACCCCAUGAAGCUGAUGUGUAUGUUUCAACAGGAGAGCCCUUUUUAGAUCCAUUCAAAAAAAUUAAAGAUCAUCUGUUGUUAAUGAAGAAAGUAACUUGGACAAUGAAUGGGCUGAUGUUUCCUACUGAUGUCAAAAGGCAGAAAACCAAGCCUAUUCUUUCUAGCAGAAUGAAGAAACUUACAGAGAAGACCUCAGUCCGAAUUCUAUUCUUUAAGAAUGGCAUGGGGCAAGAUGGGCAUGAGAUUACAGUUGGAAAGGAAACAAUACAAAAGAUUUUAGAAAUGUGCACAAUGAAAAUGAAACUAAAUUCGCCAGCCAGAUAUCUUUACGAUUUAUGUGGCAGAAAAAUUAAAGAUAUUUCAAAGGGUAAGUAA